AUGCCUGUGUCCGGGGAUAAUUCGAAGGAUCCUGCUAGUCGGGAUCCGAAUGACGAUAGUAACGGUCCUGGUAACGGGUCCUCGAUGAACAACAAUCAGUACAGCUUGAACGCUCCCAAGUACAACAGCCAACCGCAGCCGGCCUCCCACACGUACCUUCCUCCGAUGUCGGUGAAAAUCCCCCCCAUAGCCACAAAACCCUCUUCGAUAUACAGUCUUUUACAUCAAAGUUCCCCUCGGCCGGAGUCGCCAAACCCAAUAUUGCCGCCUCUCAUUGGCAGUGGGUCCAACUCUCAUAUACCAUCUCCUACCCCUGCGCAGCCUCCGCCUCCUCCACAGCCACCGCACUCUGCUGCGUACUCGAUGUACCCAUCAUCGAUUAGUCUGAACAGAUCCAACUCGUCUAUUUUCCCACUGCCUUUCAAAUCAGAGGACAUAAUGAACAGUAACCCCUCUACCGUGGCCAAGAGAACGAACACCUUCCCCUCAAUUCCUGACAACACUAAGAAACUGAAAACCAGUCAAGAAAAAAGAAUCUCCUCCAUCUCAAGGAGGAAUACCCAAGAAAUAAUAGCUAAACAGAUUGCCGAAAGCAACAAGUCCAAGACCAUUGAAGAAUAUGCUCAGAUCGUGAAACACGCAGAAAUAAAAGUCCUGAACAUGGACUCGCAAACCACCUCAAAGGCUUCUUUACAAUUGGCGGAACAAAACAGAGAAAGGGAAAGGCAAGUGUUUGCGCUACUCUGGUUGAUGAAAAACUGUAAGUCCCAGCACGACAGUUAUGUUCCAAGAGGGAAAAUCUUUGCUCAAUAUGCCUCAUCAUGCUCCCAAAACAAUCUAAAGCCCUUAUCGCAAGCCUCAUUGGGGAAACUGAUAAGAACCGUGUUUCCUGAUUUGACCACUAGAAGACUUGGUAUGAGAGGCCAAUCGAAAUACCACUAUUGCGGGUUAAAAAUAGCCACCAGUGAAAAUGGCACUGCGGCGAUUACUAACAAUAGCACCUCGUCAUCUCUGGCACAAAAUAAUGACCCAAUAUCGCCCCUAUCAUCACCCUCCCCAUCUUCACCUUCACCAACAUUAACUGCAGUCUUAUCCCCAUCUCCAUCGAAUACUAAAUCUGUUUCUCAUACCGCUUCGCCAGUUAAGCAGAGUAAUAACGACAUCAGUAAUGAACCAGAACUGCAACACAAUGAUCAACCUAUAACGAAUGAACAAACAACAAGAACAAAAAUGAUGGCGGCGGCAACAGUAUCAUCUGAAGAAUUGAGUUUCGCUGAUGAUCUCGUUGAAAAAGUUUUCGGCUGCAAUGAUAAGCUAUCAGAUAAGUACAAUACUCAAAUAUCGGCCAAUAUAGAACCUCCAUUGCUGACAUCAUACAAGUUAGAAUUCCCCAAUAUUCCGAGAAGUGCACUCCCGGCAGAAACGGAUGCGGAUGUUAUAUCAUCUUUAGAGUCGUUGUACCACGUCCAUUGCAACUCCGUUUACGAAAGCAUCAAAUUUUUGAAAACCGAUACUAUAUCAAAUGCUUUAUCUUUCUCCAACUCCAAUUCCAUUUCGCCUACGAUGUUUAAUCUAUUCACUUCUGAGCCGUUGAUUGAUUGGGUAACUAAAUGCGACCUAAUCACAUAUACCGAAUUAAUCAAAUUUUUUUCUCAGUUUAUAAUUCAUUCAAAUGAGAUCAGCGAUUCUAUAAUCCAAAAAUUGGAAACCGUGAUCAAAAUUUAUCCCGAACAAAUUAACAAGGCCGCUUUAGAAUUACCAAAACCGCUGGUUCAAAAGAAACUAACAAUUAUAAACAAUUUUAUCAAAUUACUCAAAAAAUUGAUCAAACUUUUAAAAUUUAUUGUGAAUUUUUUAAGAAGUUUCCCCAUUUUCAAAAAUGGUAUGAAUAAUGACUGGCAGCAAGUUGUAAAUCUAGAAGAUAUCCUAGACAUGAUGAUUAACGAAGAAGAUGAUGCGAAUUCAGAGACGAAGACAAUAAUGCAGCAUUGGCAGAAGUUUUGUCAAGUGUUUGUUACAAAAUUUUUGAAUUCCUCCAUGCGUACUAGCAACGACCCUUCAAUAUCCAUUGAAUGCGAAUCAUUGAACCAAAUGGUAAAGGAUUUUUGUUAUUUUAUUUCCGAACAAAGCCACUUUUCGUGCUUAAAACUAAUUGAUUGUUAUACAAGGUUCAGGAAUGCAUUAAUCGGUGAUAUUAGCUUAAAAUCAAGUGAAAACCUACUAUCAUGGUUGUUUCUCAAUAAUGUUAUGGGCCAAUUAUUGAACUAUUGUUUUGAAGUUAUCAAAUUCAUUAAUACUUUAAAACUCUAA